AUGCUGUCGCUGCCAGUGAUGCUGCCACUGUCGCUGCUGUCGCCGUUGACGCUUCUGCAGAUGCAUCCGACAAUACUGAUGUCACCACCGCUGUCGCUGUCGCUGUCGCUGCCACUGUCGCUGCCACUGUCACGGCCGCUGAUGCCGCCACUGAUGCCGCCACUGAUUCCGCCACUGUCACGGCCGCUGAUUCCGCCACUGUCACGGCCACUGGUGCCGCCACUGGUGCCGCCACUGGUGCCGCCACUGUCACGGCCACUGAUGCCGCCACUGAUGCCGCCACUGUUACGGCCGCUGAUGCCGCCACUGUCACGGCCGCUGAUGACUCCACUGUCACGGCCGCUGAUGCCGCCACUGUUACGGCCGCUGAUGACUCCACUGAUGCCGCCACUGUUACGGCCGCUGAUGACUCCACUGUCACCGCCGCUGCCGCUACUGCUGCCGCCGCUGACGACGACGCGCGUGCGGCGCUGGGUGAGCAAACCGCCGACCACUGUGCGUCGCCACGCUCCCGAAGCCGCCGCCCCGCCUGCCGACGCGACGGUCGCCGCCGACACCGCAGUACAGCCGACGAUAGCGGUGGUCGUCGCACGGCCCGUGCGCACAGACGACGACGACGUGCUGUCGUCGGGCGCCGAGCGAGCGACGAAGCAGACGACGGGUGAUGAUGUCGCGCAUUCUUCACUGCCAGGGUGGAGGCAGCCGAGGAGAGCACGUCGCGCCAUCGCAGGCAAGCGCGGCGCCCGCUACCUUGAUGCUAGAGAGCCGAUCCCGCAGAAAGCUGCUGCAGAGGCGCGGCGGAGGUCGUCGCCGCCGCUGAUCUGCCACUGCCAGCCGCCCGCCGUCGCGCCGAUAAUGAUGCUGGUCGCGCUGCUAGUGAUCUGCCACUGUCGCUGCCUGUCCCUGUUGACGCUUCUGCAGAUGCAUCCUGACCAAUACUGA